GUCCAAUUCUUUUCGUUCUUCAAUCACCUCAAUUCGGGAAACAUCCCCUCGAGGCAAUUGUCAGUUGGUGCAAUCUCGUACAUAGGAGUUAACAAACUGCCAAUUCUGCAUACGCUUCACUCUUUCACAUAAUGGCUACCAACAGCCAACAGGGUUGGGCCCCCUCGCUCAAUCAAGGCUUUGGCGACGAUCUCAUGCGUCGCAUUUCUCGCACUGUGUCUGCUCGCUCAGGCUUCUCCGACUACGAGGAGCACAAGGAUGAUGAGCAUAUUAGCAAAGCCGAAGACUGGGCAUUAAUGCCCGAAGUCAAGAGAUACGCCGAGAAUGACCCUGCAACCGGACGCAAGCUUGGAGUUACCUGGAACAACCUCACCAUCAAGGGUGUUGGUGCCGAUGCAGCUUACAACGAGAACUUCUUGAGUCAGUUCAACAUUCCCCAACACAUCAAGGAAGGACGUCACCCUGCACCUCUCAGGACAAUCAUCGACAACAGCUCGGGAUGCGUGAAGCCUGGAGAGAUGCUUCUUGUGCUCGGUCGUCCUGGCGCUGGUUGCACUACACUUCUGAAGAUGCUCUCAAACAGAAGAGCGGGUUACGCUGAGAUCGAGGGUGACAUCAACUUCGGUACCAUGGAUCCCAAGGAGGCUCAGAAGUACAGAGGUCAAAUCGCCAUGAACACCGAAGAUGAACUCUUUUUCCCUACUCUCACAGUCGGUCGCACUAUGGACUUCGCAACUCGCCUGAAGGUGCCCGACAACCUGCCGGAAGGCACCGAAACCCGAGAGCAAUUCCGCACCGAGUACAAGGACUUCCUCCUCAGAUCGAUGGGCAUUGGUCACACAGCUGAUACUAAGGUCGGAAACGAGUACGUCCGUGGUGUGAGUGGUGGUGAGCGCAAGAGAGUUUCCAUCAUUGAAACACUUGCGACAAUGGCCAGUGUCUACUGUUGGGAUAACUCUACUCGUGGUCUGGAUGCCUCAACUGCUCUGGAAUAUACCCGCGCCCUACGUGCGAUGACUGACAAGAACGGCUUGGCCACUAUCGUCACUCUUUACCAAGCUGGAAACGGCAUUUACGACCUCUUCGACAAGGUAUUGGUGCUCGACGAAGGCAAGCAGAUCUACUACGGCCCUCGCGCUCAAGCCCGCCCCUUCAUGGAAAAGCUUGGCUUUAUUUGCGAUGACGCCGCCAACGUUGCUGAUUUUCUGACCGGUGUCACUGUUCCUACCGAGCGCAAGAUCAGAAAUGGCUUUGAAGCACAGUUCCCUAGAACUGCCGUGGCCAUCCGCGAGAACUUUGAGAAGUCCUCAAUCAAGGCCAAGAUGGACAAGGAGCUUGACUUCCCCAAAAGCUCACGCGCCAAGGAGUGGACUGCCGACUUCCAGAAGGCGACGCACGAGGACAAGGCCAGAGGAAUUCCCAGUAGCAGUCCCAACACCGUAGGCUUCCAAUCGCAGGUCAAAGCUUGCAUCAUCAGACAGUACGAAAUUCUGUGGGGUGACAAGGCAACUUUCCUGAUCAAGCAAGGUUCUACUUUGGUUCAAGCACUGAUUUCUGGUUCUCUCUUCUACAACGCUCCCAAUAACUCUUCUGGUCUGUUCAUCAAGGGCGGUGCUCUCUUCCUGUCUCUACUCUUCAACGCGCUUUUGGCUAUGUCCGAGGUCACGGACUCCUUCUCCGGUCGUCCCAUUUUGGCCAAGCACAAGGCCUUCGCCUUCUACAACCCCGCCGCUUUCUGUCUUGCUCAAAUCGCUUGCGAUCUACCAGUACUCGUCUUCCAAAUCAGCGUUUUCUCUGUCGUGCUAUACUUUAUGGUUGGCCUUAAGGUGACUGCUGCUGCUUUCUUCACCUACUGGUUCGUUAUCUACCUCUCGACGCUGGUUAUGACAGCCCUUUUCAGAGCUGUCGGCGCCGCCUUCCCGACAUUCGAUGCAGCUUCCAAGGUUUCAGGUUUCACCAUCAGUGCGCUCAUCACAUACAUCGGAUACCAGAUCCCCAAGCCUGAGAUGCACCCUUGGUUCGUUUGGAUCUACUGGAUCAACCCCAUGUCCUACGGUUUCGAAUCUCUCCUCGGCAACGAGUUCAAAGGUCGUGUCAUCCCCUGUGUCAACAACAACCUUGUUCCCAACGGCCCUGGAUAUGCCGACGCUGCUUUUCAAGCUUGCGCCGGUGUUCGUGGUGCUCUCCCCGGUGCCACUGAGGUCACUGGAGAGCAGUACUUAGACAGUCUGUCCUACAGCUCAUCCCACAUCUGGCGCAAUGUUGGUAUUCUGUUCGCCUGGUGGUUCUUCUUUGUUGGCUUGACCAUCUUCUUCACUCUUCGCUGGGGCGAAAAUGGCAACACCAACGGCUUCCUCCUGGUUCCCCGUGAGAAGGCUCACCUUGCUAAGGCUGUCAUGAACAACACUCCCAACGACGAGGAGAACCAAGCCGAGAAGUCUCAAGCCUCCAUCUCCAGCGCUGACACCCAAGUCCCUGCGGGUGAGAACGAGAAGUCCAAGUCCGAAUCUGAGAACAAUGAUCAGCUCGUUCGCAACACCAGUAUUUUCACCUGGAGAAACCUCACCUACACUGUCAAGACACCAUCGGGUGACAGAGUCCUCCUCGACAACAUUCACGGUUACGUCAAGCCCGGUAUGCUCGGCGCUCUCAUGGGAAGUUCGGGUGCUGGAAAGACCACUCUCCUCGAUGUCCUUGCUCAGCGCAAGACUGACGGUACUAUCAAGGGUGAGGUACUUGUUGAUGGUCGCCCCCUUUCUGUCUCCUUCCAACGUUCCGCCGGCUACUGUGAGCAACUUGAUGUUCACGAGCCUUUGACCACUGUCAGAGAAGCCCUCGAAUUCUCCGCUCUUCUUCGCCAAAGUCGUGAGACUCCCGAUGCUGAGAAGCUUGCCUACGUUGAUACUAUCAUUGAUUUACUGGAACUUCACGACAUCGAGCACACUCUUAUUGGCAAACCUGGAGCCGGUCUGUCCAUCGAACAGCGAAAGCGUGUUACAAUUGGUGUUGAGCUCGUCUCUAAGCCUUCUAUUCUCAUCUUCCUCGACGAGCCCACUUCUGGUCUCGACGGUCAGGCCGCUUUCAACACCGUCCGCUUCCUCCGCAAACUAGCCGAUGUCGGCCAAGCUGUCCUCGUCACUAUUCAUCAGCCUUCUGCUCAACUCUUUGCCGAGUUUGACACUCUUCUCCUGCUCACCAAGGGCGGCAAGACCGUUUACUUCGGUGAUAUCGGAGACGGUGCCAACACUAUCAAAGAGUAUUUCGGACGUUACGACGCCGCAUGCCCUCCUAGCAGCAAUCCUGCUGAGCACAUGAUUGAUGUCUGCUCUGGCUCCCUCUCGCAAGGCAAGGACUGGCACCAAGUCUGGUUGGACUCUCCCGAGAACAAGAAGAUGCAUGAAGAACUCGAGGCCAUGAUCAAGGACGCCGCUGACAAGCCUCCUGGUACCAAGGACGACGGCUACGAGUUCGCCACUUCGCUUUGGACCCAGACUAGAUUGGUCAGCAACCGCAUGAACAUUUCCAUCUACCGUAACACCGACUACAUCAUGAACAAGAUUAUGCUUCACAUUGGUACCGCUUUGUUCAUGGGCUUCACCUUUUGGAUGAUUGGUAACGGAGUCGCUGAUCUCCAACUCAACCUUUUCGCCCUCUUCAACUACAUCUUCGUCGCUCCUGGUGUCAUCGCUCAGUUGCAGCCUCUGUUCAUCGAGCGCCGCGAUGUGUACGAAACUCGUGAGAAGAAGAGUAAGAUGUACGACUGGAAGGCUUUCACUACUGGUCUCAUCGUGUCUGAGGUUCCUUACCUCGUCAUCUGUGCCACUCUCUACUUUGUCUGCUUCUACUACACUGUUGGCUUCCCUUCGGAGUCUUCUUCCGCAGGCUCUGUAUUCUUUGUCAUGUUGGUCUACCAGUUCAUUUACACUGGUAUCGGUCAGUUCGUCGCUGCCUACGCCCCCAACGCCGUCUUCGCUUCCCUUGUCAACCCUCUUAUCAUCGGUACACUCGUUUCCUUCUGUGGUGUCUUGGUUCCUUACAGCCAAAUCCAACCAUUCUGGCGCUACUGGUUGUACUACCUUAACCCCUUCAACUACCUGAUGGGCUCACUCCUCGUGUUCACCAGCUUCGAUCAAGAAGUGCACUGCAAGCAAUCCGAGUUUGCCAUCUUCGACCCUCCUUCAGGUCAGACUUGCGCAUCGUACCUUGCCAACUACCUGCAAGGUAUGGGUGCUGCUUCCAACCUCAUCAAUCCUGAUGCUACUUCCGACUGCCACGUCUGUCAAUACACUCGUGGUAGCGACUACCUUGCUACUCUCAACUUGAAGGACUACUACUACGGCUGGAGAGAUGCAGCCAUCUGUGUCAUUUUCGCUCUUUCUGGUUAUGCUCUUGUGUUCGGCCUCAUGAAGCUCAGAACCAAGGCUUCCAAGAAGGCCGAGUAAAAAGUUUUCUUCCAAUCAUACCAUUUCUUCUGCUUAUCAGCGCGGCGUUCAACAUAGACUGGGGCAUCACGUAAUACCAAUAUAGACAUUCAAUUCACUUUCGUAUCAUUAAUUUUCUCCCAUCCAUCUGACUCAAUUUUUACAAUCUAUGACAUUCGAGGGCUCUCCUCCAUGCUUGAUGUUGUCUGCUGGGCGCUAUAUAAAUGCAAAAACAUUUUUGCAGGGAUGUUGUCUUUCGAUGGAGGCCAGAGAAUUGGUUGUCUCACAGCUCAUGGUUAUCGAGCGUGUUACAUCUCUGCAUUCUGACAGGCGUGUUCCAAGCCAUCUGGGCUGUGAGACAUCUCACCUUCACAACACCUUC